UUUGUUUACCGCGAAUGAAGUUCAGUUUCAUUAGCUCCAGUAUAAAAUCGUCUUUUAAUUAAAAUUGUAACUAAUACCUUCAGCCUAUCAUCACCGGAAUGGAUCUUUCACGAAUUCCAAAUGAUCGGAAGUUAUACCUCUGCAAGUGGUACUUCAAAGUUGGAUUCGCUUUGCUGCCAUUCGUGUGGGCUAUCAACACUACCUGGUUCUUUAGUGAAGCUUUCCGAAAACCAGCAUAUGAAGAGCAAAAGGAAAUUAAGAAAUAUGUGAUAUUCUCUGCAAUUGGAUCGCUUGUUUGGCUCUCGGUUAUCAUUAUGUGGGUGGCGACAUUCCAGUUGAAACGAACAGAUUGGGGUGAAUUCGCUGAUAGUAUAAGUUUCAUUAUUCCUUUGGGACGGGCUUGAAUCACCUCUCUAUUUAUUUAGAAGGUUAGGGUAAAUGAUCUUGGUUUGUCCAGUCGAAAAUAUGAUCAUGGUUUGCCCACUUUUUUGAAUGCUCUAAUUCAGCGCUCCUGUGUCAAAUAAGGCCUUCGAAUGUUUCGAAACAUAUAUAUGAAAUUGCCUUUUACAUGAUUUAUAGUAGUUUGAUAGUAUAUUUUUACGAAAUCACAUGUUUUAAAGGAUUAUAAAAUACACCUUCUAUUUGUGUCAAUGCGCCCCUCAUUCGAGCUAACUUUUAAUCGAUCACCAGAUGAUUAUUUGGCACGUAUUCAGACCUUUUCUGGAUUACAACACCUAUAAAUAUUGUAAACAUCAUGCUUGCUCACCAUUUGUAUCGGAUUUACAUAGCUAAACCAUUAAAAUAACGCAUUUUGAUGAACUCAAUUCUGAUCAUGAGUUGUCCAAUUCAAUAAUGUUGUUUUGUCCACAUGAUUUCUAUGGCAACCGCUUGGCGCGCUGCAGUUUGUUUAUGUUAGUUUAUGGUGUGCUUCGCGCAUAGCAGAAGUAUGGUUUUUCUGUGUUGAUUGUGUUGAGGUGAACACUUCUAAAAUGCCCAAGAAAAGGCAAUAUUCUGAAGAAAGCCUAAAUUAUGAAUGAAUCAAUAUGAUGACAGUAAACUCAAGCAAUGAUAAAUGCAACAUCUAAUUGUGAAUUCAAAUGUUUUCAUUCAAAAAUGGAGAUUUCUAAAACCGGACAAACCAUGAUCAUUUUUUUGGGCAAACCAUGAUCAUUUUUUUGGGCAAACCAUGAUCAUUUUUUUGAGCAAACCAUGAUCAGAGGUGGUCAAACCAUGAUCAUAAUUCUUCUUUAAGGAAAAUCGUUAAAAAACAUAAAAAUUUGAAUAAUUUUAACACCUUAUGGUAGUAUUAGCAACUAGAGACUUGGGGCUUUUCAACAAACCCAAACUCGUAUCGAUUAUGUAUGAUUUUCAUGAAGAAAAAUCGAUUUGCAUUUACUAGUUGCAUAAAAACACCCCAAAUUGGACAAACCAAGAUCAUUUACCCUACUAUAAAAAUAUCAUUAUAAUUUUAUUCUAAGAGAAAAAUAAAUUCAUUCAAUCACCCAUACAAACAUUUCUUAGUUUU